AUGAUGGCUAGCUAUCCCGAGUCCGAGGACGCCGCGGGGGCCCUGCUGGCCCCGGAGACCGGCCGCGCGGCCAAGGAGCCCGAGGCGCCGCCGCCGCCGCCGAGCCCGGGCAAGGGUGGCGGCGGCGGCGCCGGGACAGCCCCGGAGAAACCGGACCCGGCGCAGAAGCCCCCAUACUCGUACGUGGCGCUCAUCGCCAUGGCGAUCCGUGAGAGCGCCGAGAAGAGGCUCACGCUGUCCGGCAUCUACCAGUACAUUAUCGCCAAGUUCCCGUUCUACGAGAAGAACAAGAAGGGCUGGCAGAAUAGCAUCCGCCACAACCUCAGCCUCAACGAGUGCUUCAUCAAGGUGCCGCGCGAGGGCGGCGGCGAGCGCAAGGGCAACUACUGGACGCUGGACCCGGCCUGCGAGGACAUGUUCGAGAAGGGCAACUACCGGCGCCGCCGCCGCAUGAAACGACCCUUCAGGCCGCCGCCCGCGCACUUCCAGCCGGGCAAGGGGCUCUUUGGGGCCGGAGGUGCCGCGGGUGGCUGCGGCGUGGCAGGCGCGGGGACCGACGGCUACGGCUACCUGGCGCCCCCCAAGUACCUGCAGUCCGGCUUCCUCAACAACUCGUGGCCGCUACCGCAGCCGCCCUCGCCCAUGCCCUACGCCUCGUGCCAGAUGGCGGCGGCCGCUGCGGCGGCGGCCGCAGCAGCGGCGGCCGCAGGCCCGGGCAGCCCAGGCGCGGCCGCUGUGGUCAAGGGGCUGGCGGGCCCGGCUGCCUCGUACGGGCCGUACUCACGCGUGCAGAGCAUGGCGCUGCCUCCCGGCGUAGUGAACUCGUACAACGGCCUGGGAGGCCCGCCCGCCGCGCCCCCGCCGCCGCCGCCUCACCCCCACUCACACCCGCACGCACACCAUCUGCACGCGGCUGCCGCACCCCCGCCGGCCCCGCCGCACCACGGGGCCGCCGCACCGCCCCCCGGCCAGCUCAGCCCCGCCAGCCCGGCUACUGCCGCGCCCCCGGCGCCCGCGCCCACCAACGCACCCGGCCUGCAGUUCGCCUGCGCCCGGCAGCCCGAGCUCGCCAUGAUGCAUUGCUCUUACUGGGACCACGACAGCAAGACCGGCGCGCUGCACUCGCGCCUCGAUCUCUGAAAGGCCAGGGCCCGCCGGCUGCGAGGAUGCAGGAACACGCGACGCCGGCCUUGGACGCAGCCACCGCCGCCAGCCAGACCGCGCGCCCGCUGGGGCCGCCCCCUGAGCCAGCGCCCACGGCCCCUCUGCGCCUCCGCGCUCCCCUCGGCUCCCCUCGGCUCCCCUCGCUCCUCUUUGUCUCCGCUUCUCCUCCUGUGCU